AUGCCGUUGCAAACUAGAAAGCCAAAGAAGGACGGAAGAAAGAGGACAUACUCGUUGGUCUCCAACACUACGAAUAUACAGGCUAGUUCUGUCGCGAGCCCUAAAACUGCCCAGACCAGUUCACCUCCACAGCCCAAUGGAUCAGCCCUAAAUCCGCCUGUCGUUCCAGAGAACCCACCGAAACCCGCAGCGCCAGCGAAGAAGGUGCCUAAUGUGUUUGAGUUCUUGGAAGAGAAUGAUGAAUCGUCUUCAGACUCUUCAUCGUCAUCUUCGUCGUCGGAGUCGGAGUCGGAGUCUGAAUCCGACGAGGAGCCGGAGCCUCCACGCCCUAUACAAACCACCAAGAUCCAAUCUCCCAAGCCACGAGCAAAUACCGUGCCGCAUGGAGUUUUGGUUUCAGGAGGAAAUACACCCCCGAAGAAAGUUGCCCAAUCCCCUUCAGUGGUAUCCAAAAGUCCACAAGAACCACGAAAGCCCGCACCAACCCCCGCACCUUCUACAGACAAUCAGUUGGUUACCCGGAAGAGGCAACCCACUAGAAAGCCGAGUCCGAUCUCGACUGCAAGCAUCUCUUCAGAAAAAGGUCAACUAGAAUUGUCCCGACCACCGACCUAUCAUGGCUCUUCAAGAGACAACGGUGCUGUCCACAGACCACCGCUCCCACCAUCCCCCCCAAGAAGUCCAGAAGAUAGUCUUCACCGCACCACGCCGACAAAGAGACGAGACUCCGGUGCAUCGCAAGAGACAUCUGGAUAUGGUCUCCUAGCUACACGCCUAACCAAGUCCGCCUCAGAAGAGAGCGGAGGUUUCCCGCCGCUAUACCGACGCUUCGAGACCAUCAACCACCGCGUUCUACUCCACCUCCAAGACGAGAUCUCCCAAAUGGAAGAAGAUCUCCACGCGCUAGACGAGUAUGACGAAAUGCACCGAGUCAGCGCAGCUGAGCAGGAAGGCACAAAGCCCCUACCGUCUUCACGACGCCGAGAUGCCCAGGCCCAGGCAUACUCAUCUUUGCAUUACCGUCGCAUGGAUCUCAUGGGUGCUCUGAUCCAAAAGACUGAACAAUACAACAACGCCCUCAGCGCUUACAGCAAAGUCCUACAGACGCUCCCGCGCGCCUCUGAACAGGACAUCACGGGCUAUCGCAACUGGAUGAGAGAGAACAAACCCGUCGCUGGAGUCGAGACACGGUUCCUAAUCCACGACGCGGACCUAGUCUCCCUCACUCCGCGACUAGCAGCUUCUGCCGCCGCAGCACCCGUCUACGUCGCCAUUAUCAUCGCAUCCGGUGCGCUCCUGCUGCCAUUGUUGGCGUUCAGCCUUAUUGCGGAGUUCUCCGGUCGUCUUGUCGUUGUGACAGUCGUUGGCGGCGCCGCGGCCGCCAUUGCCGCGAACUAUUCAGCAGGUAUUGAUACGCUGGUCGAUUCGAGGGAUGGAUGGCGCUGUGCUACGAUAUACUUCGGUUUCAUGACUAUGGCUGCUAUGUUCAUUCCAUAG